AUGCUUUGGGAGAACUUUCAAACAACAUUCAAUUAUGUUGCUGACAUUCAUGCUCCACUUCAAAGCCGUAAAAUUAGAAACAGAAAGACACCGUUGCUGACUGAUGCAAUUAAGAAAAGUAUGAAUCGCCGAGAUUAUCUCAAGAAGAAAGCUAUUAAGACAAACUCAACUGCAUGCCACAAUGCUUACAAAAGUCUUCGCAAUGAGAUUAACAAAAAAAUUAUGUAUGCAAAGCGAGAUUAUUACACAAACUGUGUUGACAGAAACAGAAAUAAUACAAAGCAAAUGUGGAAACAUAUUAAUCAGUUAGUUAAUAAAAAUUCUAGAUCAACAAAUAUAUCAGUACUACAUAUAGACGAACAGGUUAUUACUGAAAAUGAAACUAUAGCUGAUUUGUUCAAUGAAUAUUUUACUGAUAUGGGACCAAAUCUGUCGAACCAGAUCACGGAAACUAACACUGAUUUUAAACGUUAUAUGAAAUUUAAAACUCAACAUAAGUUCAAUUUCGAAAACAUUAAUAUCAAUGAAGUGUUAAAUGCAUUGGAGAAAUUAAAGACGUCUAAGUCAACUGGACAUGAUAAUAUCCCAGCCAAACUUUUGAAAGAUGCGAGUGAUGCCGUGGCGCCUUUUUUAGUAUUUAUUUUUAAUACUUCACUCAAACAUGGAAUUUUCCCUGAUGAUCUUAAGACUGCAAGAAUUUCUCCAAUUCAUAAAUCUGGUGACAAAAAAAAUCGAGGCAAUUAUAGACCGAUUUCCAUUCUUUCGAUUAUUGCUAAGUUAUUUGAGAAACUUGUCUGUACACAGCUCAAUUCCUUUUUAACUGAAAAUAAUAUUCUGAGUUCGUGUCAGUCUGGUUUCCGUAAAAAUUAUUCCACCGCAUCAGCCCUUUUAGCAAAUACGGAUUUAUGGUUACUUAACAUGGAUGCUGGGAUGAUAAACGGAGUACUUUUUCUGGACUUAUGUAAAGCAUUUGAUACGGUUGAUCACGGAAUUCUCCUAAGUAAAUUAUCUAUCUAUGGAAUCCAAAAUAAGGCCUUAGAUUGGUUUAAAUCUUAUUUGCAUAACAGAACGCAAUACUGCAGCGUGAACAGUGCAACAUCGUCCUCCAGGAAAAUGCGUUGUGGGGUUCCCCAGGGAUCGAACCUUGGUCCCCUUUUGUUUUUAUUAUACGUCAAUGACCUGCCAAAUUGCUUGGAUAAAUCCUGUCCGGCAAUGCAUGCAGAUGAUACAAAUCUUACAGUAUGUUCAGAUAGCAUUAAUAAUUUGGAGGAAGCACUAAAUUCUGAAAUGAAAAAUAUUCACCAGUGGCUUCUUUCAAACAAGCUAACUUUAAACAUUGAAAAAACAGAAUACAUGAUCAUUGGAACCCGUCAAAGACUAGCUAAAAUUCAAAAAAAUACUAGCGUAUCAUGUGGGGGGAAACUAUUGAAACAGGUUUAUUCCAAAAAGACUUUAGGUGUGCUGAUUGAUGACAAUCUAUGUUGGAAUGAGCAAAUCGACAACAUCAGUAAAAAGGUAUCGAAGGGCAUUGGUAUGCUGCGCCGUGCAAAGCCAUUUGUCUCUCUUGAAACUCUUAAAUAUAUUUAUCAGGCUUUAGUGCAACCGAGUUUUGAUUACUGCUCCAUGGUUUGGGGAAACUGUGGCGAAGGUUCAAAAGAAAAGCUACAGAGACUACAAAACCAUGCAGCUAGAGUAAUCACAGGUGAUACCUAUGAAAUUCGCUCCACGGAUAUUUUAAAGAAAUUAAAUUGGAGAACACUCGAAGAGAGAAGAAAGGAGCAAAAAUUAGCAUAUGUGGCCAAAGCCCUUUCAAACCAAUGUCCUGAAAACGUUUCAACUAUGUUUAAAAUCUCAAAUUCUGACAAAUAUAAUUUAAGAAGUAAUAACAAGAUGCUGAUGUUGUCGAAGCCUAAAACAAAUUCAAUGAAAAGGACAUUCGGAUAUGCUGCUGCUAAAGACUGGAACUAUAAUAGUAAAAAUUUUAUAUCUACUUAAUUCAUUUGUAAUAUAUAUACUUAACGUAUCACUUCGACCCAAACAUUUCUUAGUAUCUUUUAAUAUUUUUAUAAUAGUUUAUAUAAUAGUAUUUCGAGUUCUGUAUUUAAUAACACGGCCUAAUGAAAAACAACCUUUAUAAUUUUUGUAAAUACUGAUAGGUAAUAUGGUUGAUUAGUUACCGUGUAUAAAGAUGUUGUAAUAAUAAUAAUAAUAAUAAUAAUAAUAAUAAUAAUAAUAAUAAUAACUGAGAAAUUCGGUAUUUUAAAGUCGAAAGGAAAUUCUUUCUAAAAAUCAACUGCUAUUAAAUAUACAGGCUGUUUUCCAUUGUUGGUUGUAGUUUUUGGUUUAUGGAAAUUUUUGUUAGAAACAUAUCCCGUACUGUAAGAAUUUACAUCGCCGUAAUAGCAGUAAUGUCUUCCACCAAUAUACAGUAGUAGUUUAAUCUGUGGGGUUUGCAUUGUUGUCAAAUGCCCAAAUAAUGUGUUGAUCUGUUGAUUCAACCAGUUGCUAAUCAAAAUUGCCGGACGGAACCGACGGUGUCGUUUCAAAUUUCGGGUAACGAGGAGCUUUUCUCAUCUCAAGGCUUUCCUGCUUAUUUUUGUAUUACAUUACUAUCAUCAAUCAGGUUAAAGGCUGAUUUCCACUAGGCGGAAUUUUGCGCGCGCAGCGGAAAUUUUCUUUGUCUUUUCUAAUUAGUUCCACCUGAGAAAUCACAAGACAAAGAAAAAUUCCGCUCCGCGCGCAAAAUUCCGCCUAGUGGAAAUCAGGCUUAAACAUGAAAAGAAAUGCUUUCUAUGAAUUUACGGUGUGCAGUAAGAUUUGAGACUUGUCUGCAAGUCGGCUGUUUUCAGAUUUUUGGAAGAUUCUCAUUUCUGUUAUUCCUAAUUUGAAUAUUCUCGUGUGAAAAUUACUGUGAGCUGCACCAGGCCCAUCGAGAGGAGGGGGGGGGGGGGGGGCAAAUUGCCCCGCUUGUCAUUUUUUUGUGGGGCCCCAGACAUUUUUUCGUGUGCAAUAUUUGUGUUUUUCGGGCGAAAUAUUUGUCUUUUUCUGGCAAAGUACCGAAAUUUGGUAUAGAAAAGUUGGGGAAAGUUAGGAAAUUUUUUUGGCGAAAAAUUGGGAAUAGUGGCACCAGAAAAAAAUUUGCCACGGGCCUCCGAAAAGCUCUCGGCGCUCCUGAGCUGCUCGGCCUUCCUUGUAUAAAGUAUAUAUAGUAAGUGUACGCCUUAAACAUUCGCGUGUUUCACUCCUACGUACGCCUUGGUGAUAUUUUAAAUUAGCCGCAUUUUUUCUAGAAGACCUAACUGAAUUAAUCUUAUUGUGAGAUCAUUAGCGCAAACGUAAGUCUUUCGUAGAUUUACAUCAGAAACUGAUUGAGCACUCUUACGCUCAACGUUUCUAGCAACACCAGGAUACAUUUUGUCCUUUAAAAAACGGACAGAGCGACGUCGCUCGUUUUGGCUAAUCAUAACUGCUGAAGCUCAUUGUUAUCUAGACCCACAUUUUGGGCUUUUAGAUGAACUAUUAUUAAAAAAACGAGCAGAAGUGUUUUAUCAGAUAUAAAAGCCGAGAGAGCAGCUCGAGUGUUUAAACAUCUGAAAAAGCACGGACUGCAAAUUUUUUAAGCGACUUAAAUAACGACUCAUCCGAUGAGUUCAUUGGCGAAGUAGUUUUGAAAAUAAACGUUGUCUAAGCCGGGAAAAUGAAGCUAAAGUACAUGUAAAUGAACAUGGUUUUUUGUCACAUAUACACCCAGCGACUGGCAGUAUUUUGUAUUUUCCUCACAAAUUAGUAAUCAUUUUUUAAAUAUUAAAUAAAGCAGCCACUGUUUUAUUAGAAGUAUGAAUAUUAUAUUCAAUAAUUUAACUGCCAGAGCCAACCAUAAAGCGUUGCUUAGGCUAUGUUUACAUUGUAUCGGAUCGGUUUUUGCUUCGUUCACGAAACGUUACGGCCCAAGUGUAAACAGCUUCCGCCCUCGCCCAUCUAAAUACAAAAAUAUUAUAAGUGAGCAGGCUAUACCCGCAAAUAAGAUUAGAAUAGCAACUCUUUGUUUCCCAGAUGCCAUCUUGAGUCACGUAUUGAACCGAAAAUUGCUCCGAUUUGUGUUUACAUUACAAUGAGAGCGUUGCAAAAAGCGAUCCGAUACAUCGCGCACCACUUCGAAGAGCGAACGCCGCACCACCGGUCCGUUGCAGAAAUUGAGACGAUAACAACAUUUCAUAUGUAAACAGAAGCCCUAUCCGGUAUGGUUUUUGCGUCGGACGCAAAGUGAUCCGAUACAAUGUAAACAUAGCCUUAGGGACCGGUCAUUAUUUAUGGCAGUGGUGUGGGCCGAAGAGAAAGUGGUGAGGUAACUAAAAAAUAAUACUUGCUUUAGGUCGAGUGGCGAAAAAAUCCUUGCAUGCAGAGGUGGGGUAACAGAAAAUAAUAAUCAUAUUUUACAUUAAUCAAACACAAUACUAUAUGUACUACAAUAAACAGAGUUUAAUAUGUGAUUAUGCUAAUUUUUUAAAAUAAAAUAUUAUUGCUUUCCAAAAUGUUGACAGAAACAUCCCCCUCAACCCACUCAUAAGGGGUCAUUUUAUUCAUUUACACACAAAAUCUCCAAAGACUCCUAUUAUCAUUCAAAAUAUAUACUGACUAAUAUAUUAGUUGCUGUUUAUAUGGUGGAAGCCAGUCUUGGGUGCCGGAAACCAUGCAAGCUGGCCCAGUUGUGGCGAAAUACUACCUUUGUUGUUAUUUCCUAUUAAAGUUUACCUUGUGUAUAUAUGGGUAAAGAGCAGGCCCACCUAUAUAUAGCUAAGCGAGAUCCCGCACCUUUAGUAUCGCCAGACUGCUAAAGCUGGGCCAAAAUUCGCCGCAGGAAAAGUGACCUACUGUAGCCCCUAAGCCCUGGAAUGCAGGCUCUCCUUCCUAUAAACUUCCUCUUAUUACACAUCUCAAAAUAUAUGUAUACAGUCUAUUAAAUUUUCAGUAUUUAAUUUUUGGGCAUCUACAUUUGAUACCAUGCAUAUAACUAAUAUCCGGUAUAUGCUUGUAAACCAUGUGGACAAUUCAGGUAGCAAAUCCUCAAAUAUGCCUCAUGCCCCUCGUGAAACUGGAGAAUCAUUCCAAUGGCUAGUUCAUAAUAUGUUCAGCUCAAACAUUGUUCUGAGUCUCUGGCAACUAGCUGCUUUUCUUUACUAGCAGACCAUGUAUACAUGGAUAAAAUAAGAGAAAUCUAAUUACCCGUUUUGCAGAUUAAUUUCAUUGUUUAUGUAAUCAUACUUGGAAUUCGGAUGAUAUAUCUUUAUCUUCACACUGUGUAACAGCAACUUUUUCUCAUAAAUUUACAGUAACAUCAUUUUCUAAAUUCAGAUAUUCUCACAUGGGACAUCUACUGUAGUAGCGUUGUCUUGUUUACAAAUUAAACAUUAAUUUCAUAAACUUUAAAAUUCCGUGGGAAUUCUUAAGGAAUACCUUUAAAAUUCCGUGAUAAUUACAUGUGAUUGUCUAUUGUAAGGAAAUUUUUAAGGAAUUGCAGAGGAAAUUUUAAAAUUUAGACACUAGUUACAAUCACAAGUAAGCACAUAUACAUAUUAAAUGGCCAACUGCAAAGAUUUUACCAGUCAUUGAUCCAAACCCCCAUGUCCCCCCAAUAACAUGCAAAUUUGAAUCAAUUUUAAUACAGUGCAGUUGCUUGAGUCAGAGUGAAUGCCAGUCUUAAUAUGAGUGAGCAACAGAACUUCCAUCUGAAUCUCCAGUCCAGAAAUGUUAGAAUCAUUUAAUUAUUUUAGCAUUUCCCUGUGGGCCUACCCGAAGGCUACUAUAACAUAAAUUAUUAUUUUAUAUUUAUGAAUUUGCAUUUCCAUUCAAACGAAACAUACUACACAAAUGACAAGUCUUAUUAUUUUCAGCAGACAAAUUUGAAGCUUUCUGAUAACUAUAACUCUUUAUAUUACCUUGCAAUUGUAGAGGUAACCCAUAAUAAGGCACAAUGCUAAAUAUAGCAUGCCCCAAAUGACUGUUAGUGUGCUUUAAUUAAUUACUGGUACUCCACAAGAAAUAAGGGGCAAGGGAUAUUGGUAAAACAAGUAUGUUUACCAAUCAGUCCCAUUUCCUUUUAAUUAUAAUGGCCAAUGUGGUCAAAGCACCCUAUAAUAUUAUUAUUUACUCUCUAACACUAGAUGAUCUUACUCAUGAAGGGCAAUUUUGGACCUUGAUGAGUAAUACGCAUACAAACUACUAUGUUUCAUUACAUAUUUAAUGUCUGGACCUUUGACGUUGCGACAAAAUAAUUCUGGGUGGGGUAAAAAAAUUUUCCGGCAUUCCACCGGUGGUGUAGCUAGAAAUUUUGUUUCGAAAAAGGUGGGGCAAUGAUUUUUUCGGCUGCAUUAUACUUUCUCUUCAGCCCCCACCCCUGCCAUAAAUAAUGACCGGUCCCUUAUAUGGUACAUUUCUAUUUCCCAAUCCGAUUUGAGACAUUAGAUUCUCUUACCAUAUUUGUUCGGUUUCGUUUAGGACAAGGAACACUCCACUAGAAAGCACAAAUGAUGUUAUCGGAGACGGAAAAAGCAUUCCUGAAAAAUAUCGUAACCAUCCAUUUGACCACAAAGAGCAUGCAAGAUUAUCCCAUCAUAGUCUUACACCUGAACAAAGAGAGUCUACUUUGAACCGGCUCCACAACAACUUAUUAUCUCAUCAAAAUGCGACUCUUGGUUUUCAGAGUAACCAAAGUUUCACCUGCGAAAGAGUGAAACAAUUUUUUGAUAUCUCUCUCAACAAUGGUGGAGAUCCAUUCUCAGCACAAGAGCCAUAUGCGCUGAACACUAAUUUCAUUGAACGUACCGUGCUAGAUUAUUUUGCUAAGCUCUGGGGGAUACAGCAAUCCGAUCCUUCAAAUGAGGAAGAACGGGAAUACUGGGGUUAUGUUACGUCCAUGGGUUGCACCGAAGGUAAUCAUCUCGCAUUGUAUAAUGCAAGGGAGUAUUUAGCUGGAAUGCCACUCAGUAAUCCCAUCCUAUUCAAUACGUGUAUUCCUCCUGUGAAUCAACCUGUUUCGUCCCACAGACAACGCAAAGAAGAAUUAUCAAAUGCGCAGCCAAAGGACAAUCCUAACGCUUUUACACCAGUUGUAUUCUUUUCAGAAGAAAGCUUUCACGGCCUUGCAAAAACAUUGAGAAUGUUACAGAUGAAAACGUUUUCUAAUGUUGGCAGUGGAUAUUUUUCUUGCCCGUUGAAAUAUCCAGAUGAUUACCCUCCCAGUUUUAAUGAAGAAUCCCUUGAUCAAAAUGGCUGGCCACGUGCAGUGCCUGUGCAGGCGGAUGGAUCGAUUAGCAUCCCAUGCCUUGUGAAACUGGUCACUGCCUUUGUUAUGAGAGGCUACCCUCCGCUCGUAGUUUUUACAAGUGGUACCACAUUUAAAGGAGCCUACGAUAAUCCACGAGCUGCCAUCAAUGAGCUUGCGCAUAUAUUGAAACAACACAACAUGUAUGAACGCCUUGUACAUAGUUCGGAAGACCCACUGAAAUCUGAUGUUCGAAAUGGAUUUUGGUUUCAUAUUGAUGGUGCUCUAGGAGGAGCCCAUCUUCCAUUUCUUGAGAUGGCGAUAAAUCAGGGUUUGGUUGCCAAUACGUUUCCAAAUGGUUUUCCUGUAUUUGAUUUCCGUAUUCCUGAAGUGAAAUCCAUUGCAACGAGCCUACACAAAUGGUUCGGCUGUCCUUUCCCUUCGGCAGUAUUUAUGAUUAGAAAACAGGAUCAAGUUAAAGCUCGUAACAACCCACUGUAUGUUGCUGGCCACGAUAUGACUAUGUCUAGUUCCAGGUGUGGCCAUGGUGUGUUAAUAAUGUGGGAUCUAUUCUCAAAUAAAUCAUACGGGGAUUUUACUGAAAUAGCUGCCCGUGAAGACCAACUGGUGAUGUUUUUACUAAGUAGUUUGCAAGCGCUAGAAAAAGAACUACGGGUGGACUUGUGGCUUUCACACACACCGGGUUCAUUGUUUGUCUGCUUCAAACAACCGAGAGAAGAUAUCGUGCGUCGUUAUUCAUUAGCUUCAAAUUUACUGAAUGUAAAAUCUGCAGACGGCACAGUCGAACGAAGGAUCUGUUCUCACAUUUGCGUCAUGGCACAUGUCACCAAAAAGUUAAUUUUACGUUUCAUUGAAGAAUUGCGAGUUCCUGAAGCAUUCCCAAAUCAAAACUAA